AUGGCGUCAAUGACCAUUGCAGCAUCUUUCCUAGCUGGAUCCACCAUCUCCAAGCCCAUCACAGCUCCACGCAGAGGCCUGAUCGUGGCUGCCAAGGCAUCAUCAACCAAUGAUGUGGAGAUGAAGAACAACAAGAAGGAAGAGAGCAACAAUGGGAGAAGGGAUUUGAUGUUCGGAGCUGCUGCAGCAGCAGCAUACUCCAUUGCCAGAGUCGCCAUGGCCGAUGAAGCUGAGCCCAAGAGAGGUUCCCCACAAGCCAAGAAGAAGUAUGCUCCUAUUUGUGUCACCAUGCCCACCGCUCGCAUCUGUCGCAACUGA